AAACCGUUGUCGCGUCUCUGCUUGGUGGUCGCUUCUCUUCUCCUGCCGACGAAAAUGUCGAAGCGAGGACGCGGAGGUAGUGCGGGUAACAAGUUCAGGAUGUCGCUGGGUCUGCCGGUGGCGGCCACAGUUAACUGUGCGGACAACACGGGGGCCAAGAAUCUCUACAUUAUCUCGGUAAAGGGAAUAGGGUCCUCGAACAGGUUGCCCUCUGCCUGUGUUGGAGACAUGAUGAUGGCCACCGUCGAGAAGGGGAAGCCCGACCUCAGGAAGAAGGUCAUGCCUGCAGUCAUCGUCAGGCAGCGCAAGCCGUGGCGCAGAAAGGACGGCAUCUACAUGUACUUUGAAGGUCGGGAUCACUAUUGUCUUUUUGUUUAAUUGGAUUAUAUGCUUCGGUUGUCCACUUGCCUCUUAAUUGGGUUGUUGUGGUUGCAUGUACCAAUGUGCAUCUGAACUUUUAGUAAGUUUCCCUUCA